GGCGGCGAGCGGGGCCGGAGCGGGGGGAGCGCGGGGGGAGCGCCCGGCGGGGCCGCCGCGGGCAGGAGCGGGGCCAGGCACCGGCAGCGGUCCCUGUAGGGAGCCUGGAAAAACCUUCAGUAGUGCUGCUGACACUGAUGAGAGAUCUUUUAUGCCAAGAUCGCCGCUCUCUGAACAGACCACACCAUGCGUGAGUACAAGCUGGUGGUCCUUGGCUCAGGAGGUGUGGGGAAGUCUGCUCUGACUGUACAGUUCGUUCAGGGAAUUUUUGUUGAAAAAUAUGACCCAACAAUAGAGGAUUCAUACAGAAAGCAAGUGGAAGUAGACUGUCAGCAGUGUAUGCUGGAAAUCCUCGAUACCGCAGGGACAGAGCAAUUUACAGCCAUGAGGGAUCUCUAUAUGAAGAACGGCCAAGGGUUUGCACUAGUAUAUUCCAUAACAGCGCAGUCCACGUUUAACGACUUACAGGACCUGCGGGAACAGAUUUUACGGGUUAAGGACACUGAAGAUGUUCCAAUGAUUCUGGUCGGCAAUAAAUGUGACCUGGAGGAAGAGCGUGUAGUCGGCAAAGAACAGGGUCAAAACUUAGCAAGACAGUGGUGUAACUGUGCCUUUCUAGAAUCAUCUGCAAAGUCGAAAAUCAACGUUAAUGAGAUCUUUUAUGACCUGGUCAGACAGAUAAAUAGAAAAACACCAGUGGAAAAGAAGAAACCUAAAAAGAAAUCCUGUCUGCUGCUUUAGACUCCCAUCGCGCAGCAGCUCUGAGCCAGAUUGCAGGAAUGAAGAACUGUUGCCUCAAUGGAAAGUGCCAGCAUUCCCGAACUUCAAAACCUUAUGGAAAUUAAUAACAUAUCUGAAGAAGCUUCUCCUGUUUUUUAUGUACUACGAGAAGAAUUUAGAUCUUAAAAUGGUUUGCACACAGUCCCUGGAAAAAGCAAUUGCUCUGUGCAUCCCUCUUGGAAAUCUAAGCCCAUAGUUCUCCUCCUUUGCUGUUAACAGGUG